AUGCUCAGUCUCUCUCAAUCCUUAGGUUGCACCUCACCAACCGAUGCGAACUGCCUAUGCGGCAAUGCCAACUUUGGAUACGGCGUCAGAGAUUGCAGUGCCCAGUCGUGCCCAGCUGGUACGGAUUUUGCUGCAGCUACCGCCUAUCUGAACGACUACUGCGCUACUCUCGCAGCUGGUGGCAAUUCUGCAUCUGCUUCUGCAUCCUCUCUAGCUGCUACUUCAGCCGUCGUAGGCGCGUCGUCCGUGGCCUCGUCCUUUUCAUCCGCCAUCUCGUCUGCCGCCUCUUCCGCCUCUUCUGCAGCUUCUUCUGCCGCCUCAGCUGCCUCAUCUGGAGUCUCCAGCGCCGCAGGCUCAAUUACUGGUGCUGCCGCACUCACAACAGAAGGUCUCUACACUACACUCACCACUGAUGGAAGCACUAUCACCAGCCUUGUGUCAGCCUCCCAAACGGUCUUCGGUAUCAUCUCCACCGGUGUUGAUUCAGCUGGCAGCGCCAUCACCAGCACUAUCACCGCAGCAGCUAGCGGUGCCAGCAGCGCUGCGAGCGACGCAUCAGCUUCUGGCUCCUCAGCUGUCGAUUCUGCCUCAAGCGCCGCUUCUAACGCAUCGAGCUCCGUCGCCAGUGCUGCCUCGUCCGGUUCGUCGGCAGUCUCUUCUGCUUCCGCUUCAGCAAGCAGCCGCGCCUCAAGUGCCACUUCUGCUGCUGGCAGUGCUGCUUCAUCUGCCGCAGGUGCCGCUCCUAUGGCCACCAUGGCCGCCAGCGGUUUCGCCGGCCUCGCAGGUCUUGCAGCCGUUAUGAUGCUGUAA